AUGUGUAACUUUCCGAGGUUUCACGCGUUUUUUUACGCGUGGUCCCGUUUGCGACGUGAUCCUGAGGGAUCCGAGAAAUUCAGUAAUCAACUGUGCUUUGGGAGCGAUAUCUCUAUAAAUCUCCAGACAGUUUUGCAUGCUAGACAGCGCACGGAUACUGGAAAAGACGUUGAGCUGGGUUUCAUAUCAAAGAUGGUUGGGAACACUGCACAAAUAAGGACUAACCAUCUUUCAGACCAGGACUUGCUCCCCAUUGGCAGCUCCAAGAGCUUCGACGACGAUGGCAAUCCCAAGCGAACCGGGACAGUUUGGACAGCAAGUGCUUACAUAGCUACAGCUGUGACGGGUCCUGUUGUCCUGAACUUCGCGGGGGACAUGGCUCAGCUUGGAUGGAUUGCUGGUCCUUUCGUGAUAAUCCUGUUCUCCUUGAUUACUUACUUUGUCUCCACCAUCCUCUGCGCCUCCUAUCGUUCACCUGCCACUGGCAAGAGAAACCCGACUUACAUGGAUGCCAUUCGAUCCAACUUCGAUGGACCGAUCGUGCUCAAAAUAUGUUGGGUAAUUCAGACUUCAGUACCUGAGCCUUUGUGUAGUUACUAUUGGUGUUUGGAACAGAUGGAUAUCAACUGGUUUGCUAAAUGCCACAGCAUUUAUGAGGAGGAGCCUUGCUAUGUUUAUCUAAAACCACAUUACAUCGCAUUCGGCGUCUUUCAAAUAUUUCUCUCACAAAUUCCCAAUUUUCAUCAGCUGCGGUGGCUCACGGUUCUCUCUCCUGUGAUGUUCCUGCUUUAUUCACCAAUUGGUCUUGCCCUUGCUAUUGCUAAAGUAGCAGAAAAUGGAAUGAUCAAAGGAAGCCUGACUGGAAUAAGCAUUGGCCCUGAUCAAGUGACUCGAGCUCAAAAGACAUGGAUGAUCUUUAAAGCGAUUGGGGAUAUAGCUCAAGCAUACGAUUUCUCCAGUGUCCUUCUUGAAAUUCAGGACACUGUUGGAUCCCCACCAUCAGAGGUCCAAACAAUGAAGAAGGCCACUCGGCGAAGCGUUGCAGUCAUAACCUUUAUUUCCAUGAUUCAUGCGUGCAUGGGUUAUGCUGCUUUUGGAGAUGACUCCCCCGAAUUCCUCCCUAACGGCUUCUAUAAACCGUAUUGGCUGAUUAACAUAGCAAGUGCUGCCAUGGUAAUCCAAGCUGCAGGCGCAUAUCAAAUUUUUGUCCAACCUAUUUUUGCCAUGGUUGAGAAAUCCAUAUCGAGAAGAUUCCCGGACAAUGAAUUCAUCACCAAAGAAAUCAAAAUCUGGAUCCCGAGAUUUGGUCCCUACAAACUCAACCUCUUCCGGUUGGUUUGGAGGACAUUUUUCGUGACCACGAUCACUUCGUUAUCAAUGUUUUUCGCGGUAUGUUUGGACGUGCUUAAACUUGUCGGGACUAUGGCGUUUUGGCCCAUUGUAAUUUACUUCCCAAUAGAGAUGUAUAUCAUGCAAAAGGGGAUACCAAAGUGGAGCGCAAGAUGGCUUGGUCUUCAAAUCCUUAGUUUCGGGUGCCUCAUCGUUACAAUAGCUGCAGUUGCUGCCAAUUUUGUUGAAGAUUUUCUCGAAGGGUCUUAUAAGCCCAUAAUGCCCAAUCGCUAUUAGAUUGGACAUUGAUCUUAGCGGUGAAUUAAGAUUGUGAUCUACCAUUUC